CUGUGUGCCUCAACUGAGGCAAGUCUCCUUUUGUGCAAUGGAAGUGAAGGGAUGCCGCCAGCGCUGGAAAUUAAAUCGCAGAGAGCUACAGAGCAAGAGAUGCUCAACUCCAGAAGUCACUGAAAGAGUCAAGAUAGAAAAGGGGGACAAGGAAGAGCCAUGCAAAGGUGUUACCAUGGCAGCAACCUCCAAGUAUCUGACAGGCAGGCAAUAUCUCACUAGGAAGCCUCUGUUUUCUGUAGAAGAGCAUGUGUCUAUCUUAAAGAAGACACGUCCACCUGAUGUAAACGAUGCCAGAAGCUUUUACUCUGAUGCAACAAUAAGGUUUAUAACGCUACAGUAUCAUUUUUUCUUGCAGGAGAAACAACAGGACAGAAGUGAACAUCAUAAUAUUAAAUUCUUGCCCAAACCAAGAGAGGAGCUCAUCCCACAGAGACUUAGCCGGUCUCCCAUUGAAGUAUCACUUCCCUCCACCUCUGAAGAAGACCUCGGCUCACCCUUGGGUGUUUCAGAGCUGCACCACGAGGACUCCGCUACAUUUGGAACAUCUUUCCCUGGAAACAGAUUGGCUCAGCAGAGCCUCUCAAGGUCUAACUUUAAAGUUUGUGGACUUGACCUUCCCCCGAAGCCCAGACUGACCUCCACGGUGCUUUAUCCUACGUACAGCCCCUGUUCAAACAAACAAAGCCAAGCUCAGCGUGUGAUAGAGAGCCGGAGGGAGAGAAAACUGUGUUCUUCUGGAGUAAACUCAAAAGAGAUUCCCAAGUCUCCCUAUCAGGCAGACUACUGGGCCUGUGCCAUCCCUGAAACUCUGCCCCCAUCUCCAGACAGGCACUCCACAGCAUGGGACCCAAGCAAGGAGUACCAGGAACUGCUGGAUUACACCUACCCACUAAGACCAAGACAGGUAGACAGUGAAUGGGACAGCUCCAAGAGCCUUCAGGGUGACAGCCUUCAGACAAACCUCAACCUGCAGGACUCAGGAAUUGCAAUGGGCCACCUAUGUAGUUCCACCAGCCUGCCAGGGUUGGACAUUUCAACCGGUGCAAGAGGACAGAGCAGGGAAAGAAUCACUCUUAGCUCGAAUGAUAUGUCACCUGACCUGCAGUUCAUCACUAGAUCUUCAGGUGAACCACUAUCCCUGCUCUCUUUGUCCUCGGACUGUCUGGACUGCAGUGAGGACAGAGGGGAAAUAAAUCCUUUCAUUAAUGAUAGUCUCAAUUAUAUGCGAUCCACAUCUACCUUUUCUGCUUUCAUACGCUCUGAGAGUGUACUUCGACAGUCCAGGUGUGUGUACGGGGACCUGGAUGAGGAAUUGUGUGUGAUUUUGAGAUUUCUGACCUUAAGAAAAAUACAAACAAAAACUAUUCUCUCUCCGUCAGCAGCGGUUUACGUAGGGCAUGCUGAGGCUGGCUUGGCUCGCCCUGGUCUCAAGAAGGCUGAGACUCUGGUGGACCGGCUGUGUGGGCUCAGCCUGAUUGAUCCAAAGGAGAGCUUGGAGGGCCAGGAGCAGAGUGACUCUCUGAUGCAACACAUCAAGGUCUUCUGUUCUCACCUGGAGCUGCUCAUCCAGCAGCUGAAUGCUGUGUCAGAGAAGAUGGAGCUGCUGACUGAACCCACUGUGGACGUGGAUCAUGGGAAGUCAUCUCUGGCUGACUACCAGGUGAAGGCUGAGCCUCUCGAGUUGUUACACUGGCAGCAAACACACAGUCUGUUACUGUGUCUGUUUCACACAGGCUAAAAGCAGCACUACUGAAAGUUUUAUCAGUGUGCAUGUUAAUUGUUAAUUCAUUUUUAACACAGAGAAAUCCUUCGUUUGAUGAAUUAAGCAGUUCAGUGGCGAUAGCAAGUUUGUUUAAAUAGCACAUUUCAUCACAUUCAAAAUCCACGUUCCUAACAGCAAACAUAAAAACCUAUAUAUGUUUACAAUGAAGACAAGAAAAGGUGUAAGUUUACAAAUGCGCACACACACAGACAGCUACUGUGAGAACACAAAGGUUUGAGUCUGUUUUUGAAAUGCACACCUCAGCUCAGCAGGAAGCUUGUGCCAAAGAACAGGACUACAGUAACUGAAAGCACCUGCAGCACACUUAGAUCAUCAUGGGAAGACUUAAAACACCUGAGAGCUCACACUGGGUUAUAGACACUGAAGCCGGUAGCUUGCUGGGGGGAGCAUUGAGAGCUUUCUGAACGAAUCGAAGGUUUUAGGUAAAAAAAAAAAAGGAGUGGCUACACAGGUUCAUAGACGCCCUCUGGACAUAACUUGUAUGAACAAUUUGAAUCUGGCUUCAUUCAUUUCAUAGUACAGAAACACCUCAAAUGAUCUUUUCACUGUCUACACCAGUUAACUCUGGUGUACCCCAAGGCUCUCUCCUGGGGCCUUUGCUUUUUAUUAUUUCUCCUACCUCUAGGUAAUAUUUUCAAGAAAUAUAACAUCCAGUUUCACUGCUGCACAGAUGAUGCCCAGCUCUACUUCUCUUCCAAACCCACAUCCAUUUCUGAUUAAGUGAAAUCAAGGUUUGAUUUACUCAUAACUAAAGUUCUGACAGUUUUUAAGAGUCUGGGUGUCAUCCUUCACAGCACAUAUAAAUCACAUCACUCAGUCUUCUUAUUUUCAUUUUCGUAAUACCAACCGCCUUCAUCCUUCACUUACUCCAAACAGCACCGCCAUGCCUGUCAAUGCUCUCGUCACAUCUCCUUUAGAUUACUGUAAUUCUUCUCCAUGGUCAAAUCUCUCCAUAAACUGCAGUUAGCUCAAAAUUCAGCUGCUCUUUUUCUCGCAGACAUCUGGACCGCUCCAAAUGGAUGUUAGUUUAGAUUUUUAGAUUUUGUUAUUUUUUUAAUUCCCACCAGGCUGUCAGAAAGGUGUUUAUGUUAAGGCUUGUAAAGCAGUUAUUAUGAUUAAUAAUGGAGCUUAUGGGAGGCAGGUUAGAGAUUGGUGAUCAGGUCCAGCUGUGGGCUGUCUCGCCAGCUCCAUUGAUCCAUUUUAAAACAGAGAAA